AUGUCCAGCGGCGCACCCUUGGACGAGCAGCCGCUGAAGCCGACUCGGCAGCACUCGCUGAUUUUUGACGGGGCCAGCCUGCUGCUGACGGUUGCCAUAUUUCUAACGCUCCUCAUCCUCUUCACGCUCUUCGUGCAGCGCCAAGUGUCCCGCUCCAGGAUCAACAACUCGAGGAAGGUCCCGGAGGUCCGCAUCAAAGCACUCGCCUCCGGAAAACAGUGCCAGCGCAUCACGCAGGGACUCGACCAGGUAGAAAAACUGCGGCUCUCCUACCUGCCCAAGCUCACCGAUUGCCUCGCCAUUCAGACGCACGUGCGCAAGCCGUAUCUGAAUCGUAUGAUCGCGCUGGACGAGAUUACGAUUGCUAUUGACGAUACGAUGGUCCACCUCAAUCCUGCGUACGGCCGAGCCCCAGGCGAGACGACGUACCAGUACUUGCAACGGUUGAGGAAAGACCACCUUCCCGCCCUGCCCGUGACGCUCAUCCAGAAAAUCGCCUUUCUCCACGAGGCUGCUCGUCAUCGGCCUGCGAAGUUCCAAACGCCUCAGCUGAUGGAGCUGCGCUCCAACAUUGCCCAGUUUAUUCGAAUCGUCAACCAGAGCCGUGAACAACUCGCCCCCACCACCCCCGAGAAGACAUCCAAGAAUCCGCUCAGCCAGUGGCGCGUUAUUGGCGGGGGCAGCGCGAAGCGCCCGCGGAGGACGCCGUUUGGUGGAAGUGAUGGCGGCCGCUUCCUGGUGCAACAGGGCUACGUGCAGACGAAUCGCAGUCCUCUCGUCGAAGAGGAGAUCUCCCUCCUUCCGAUGGGAUGUUCAUCAUCAACCGAAAACACCCCGAAAAAGCACCAGCGCCGCCAGAGCGACUCGUUGACUAGGUCGAAGGAGGUC